GUUGUUGCUGCUUCCGUCGACAUUUUUUUUAGUUCUACAAAGUCCAUUCAUUUUCUUGGACAAACUGUAGCCUUGUUUUAAGGGAUUUUCUGCUCUUUUUCGGCUGUUCCGGGAUGAUUGAGCCUUUGAAGAGAGCCGGCGACAUGGCGGUGGUUCCCUCCGCCAUGAAGCGGCCCCGGAUGGAGCUGGUGGCGGCGGCUCAGUCCCAGCAGCUCGUGGCAGCGGGCCCUCCACGGACCUCCAGCCUGCAGGCCCCCAUCAUGCUGAUGUCAGGCCACGAGGGUGAGGUCUACUGCUGCAAGUUUCACCCCAACGGAGCCACGCUGGCCUCCUCAGGAUUUGACAGGCUCAUACUGAUGUGGAACGUCUAUGGAGACUGCGAAAACUUCGCCACCCUGAAGGGCCACAGUGGAGCAGUGAUGGAGCUGCAUUACAACACAGAUGGCAGCUUGUUGUUCUCGGCGAGCACAGACAAGACCGUGGGCGUGUGGGACAGCGAGACCGGUGAGAGGAUCAAGCGUCUGAAGGGCCACACCUCUUUUGUUAACACCUGCUAUCCGGCUCGUCGGGGGCCCCAGCUAGUGUGCACUGGCAGUGAUGAUGGGACAGUGAAGCUUUGGGACAUCCGCAAAAAAGGGGCCAUCCACACUUUUCAGAACACAUACCAGGUGCUGGCCGUGACGUUUAAUGACACCAGCGAUCAGAUUCUGUCUGGAGGCAUCGACAAUGACAUCAAGGUGUGGGACCUGCGUCAGAACAAGCUGAUCUACAACAUGCACGGCCACGGCGACUCUGUGACCGGACUCAGCCUGAGCUCCGAGGGAUCGUACCUCCUGUCGAACUCCAUGGACAACACAGUGCGGAUCUGGGACGUGCGACCGUUCGCGCCCAAGGAGAGAUGCGUGAAGAUUUUCCAGGGUAACAUUCACAACUUCGAGAAGAACCUGCUGAGGUGCUCCUGGUCCACUGACGGCAGUAAGAUCGCAGCAGGUUCAGCUGACAGAUUUGUGUACAUCUGGGACACCACGUCCAGACGGAUCCUGUACAAGCUGCCGGGUCACGCUGGCUCUGUCAACGAGGUGGUCUUCCACCCAGAGGAGCCUGUCGUGCUGUCUGGCUCCAGUGAUAAACGUCUGUACAUGGGAGAAAUUCAGUAGAGAAAAUGUGUGUGUGUGUGUGUGUGUGUGUGUGUGUGUGUGUGUGUGUGUCUAUAUAUGCGUGUGAGUGAUACCACUGCCAGCUCCGCGCUGGUGCUUCGUGGUUGUCCUCUGGGCUCUACGGCCACUUUGCGCCUCUGUUUGUUUGAUUUCUGUGUGUGUGUGUGUGUGUGUGCGUGCGUGUGUGUGUGUGUGUGUGUGGAUGUUUUCGGAGGGGGCGGAGCCGCGCGAUAGACCGAGGCACAGCUCAUACCUGUUGUCGUUUUAGAGUGUGACGUUAAAGCUAGAGCAGUCCUGCAGAGUCCUCCUCCCAAAGCCGUCUUUCUUUCCUCCCAUGCUGCUGCAACUGCUGCACACCUCAGGCCCGUAGGAGAGGGCAUCGAAACCACAACUCCUUAAAGGAUCAGCCUCGCAUAAAUCAGUGUUUGUUCUGGUACAGAAUAACUAAACAAACAAGCAACCAGAGUGUUAAGUCUGUCGUGCAAUAAUCUCUCUCACACACACACACACACACACACACACACACACGCACUCCGUGUGACUGGUGUUAUUUUGGACUGUAUUGCAGCUGUUGGACAGUAAUCCGUCCAUGCGAUGUCCUGAUAAUAAAAGGUGCCAAUUUCUGUUUUUGUUUCCAGGAAUAUCUGUCGGGCAUGUGUUCAGAUCAGAUGGCUUUGGGAUGAGGCAUUAGUGUGUAUUUUUAUUUGAAUUUGAUGGGGUGGGAAGUAGUAGUGUGCAUGUAAAUAACCAGCCGAUGAUUGUUUUGUUGGUUCUAUUUACAGAAGGAAAAAAAGAAAAAGAAAAAAAAGAGGGUCACAUCAUGGAGAGAGUGGGAGGGAUUACAGCAAAUUUGUUUUGCUUUGUACCUGUUUCUCUUCUUCUCUCUUUUUGUAUAUAUCAUGUUGCCUUGUUUUAGCCAGUUUGCAGUAUUCCUCCUUGUUGUAUCAGGAAGACAUCGAGUCCGAGCAGCUCGUUCAUUGACUCUCAUCAGAACAGGGGUGGGGGGGCGAAGGAGACUUUAGAGACUUUUUUUUUUUUUUUCCAAUAAUAAAUGUGUCAGAAAGUGAGAAUAAAGGAGACAGGUAUGAGGUGCAGACCUCGACGGGUGUAAAGUAAAGUUUGAAAUAAUAAAAGUACACUUUCUACUUCAAAUGUGACUUCUGUCGUCAUCUGCAGACACGCUUGUCUCACUGAGACUGUCUAAAGGUUUAAUAAACUUGAGUGCUGUCGCGA